ACUCAGCUGCGCGUGUCUGUCGGUCUUCUGGAUCUCAGUCCGUCCGAUCGGAUCCGCGCUGCUGACGAGCAGAACCAUCCCGUGACGUCACGCGCGGGCAUUACCAAAUUGUCGUGUACUGAACAUAGUCUUUUAUUUUUAAAUCAAUAUCUCAGAUCCGAACCGAACCGGACCUCCGGACUCCCGCCGCGUUUUAAGGACCCGUCAACAAGUUGGUACGUGAACAAUUUAACAUUGACAUUAGAAUAAUAUCCCAAAACACAGUAUUAAUUAACACCUGUUAUACAAACAUGGUUCCCAAUUUUUUCCAAAUGUGAUGAAUUCAUUCUCACCUUAUUAUUAUAUACAGUUAUGUGAGAUACUCUCUCUCUCUCAUUGUGGACGAGUCUCUAGGACUAAAAAGUACUCCAGUCCUUUAUUCCCUCCUCUGCUCAGUACACCACCUGCACGUGUACUUGUACUCCCGUACAUGUACUUGUACAUGGCGGUGCCGAGGAGUGCCGGCACCCUGCGGGACCUCCAGCUGGCUCUGCAGCUGAAGGUGGAGGAGCUCCGGCAGAGAGACUCUCUGAUCGACGAGCUGGAGCUGGAGCUGGACACCAAGGACGACCUCAUCCGCCGGCUUCAGGUGGAGCUGGACCGGCACCGCAGCGCCGCGCAGCAGGCGGCCAUCGCCGAGCAGGCGGCCGGCACAGGAGCCCCGGCGGCCCCCGAUGAACCGCAACGCAUCAAAAGACAGGCGAUCUCCGCUGAGCCCACAGCGCUGGACCCCUCACAGCUCACUGGAGUCACGCUGAAGAGCUACUGCAAGACCAAGGAGUCAAGUGAUCGGAUCCAGAGGGCUCUAAUGGACAACGAGUUCAUGAAACACCUGGAACACGGGCAGAUCCUCACCAUCAUGGACUGCAUGCAGCCCACCAGCCUCACCAGGGGCUGCUGCGUCAUCCAGGAGGGAGGCGACGGCUCCACCGUCUACGUCCUGGAGGAGGGAAUGGUGGAGGUGACCAAACAAGGAAAGAAGCUGUGCUGCAUUGGAGAGGGGAAGGUCUUCGGAGAGCUCGCCAUCCUCUACAACUGCACUCGCACUGCAACAGUCACAGCUCUGACUGACAUCAAGCUGUGGGCCAUCGACCGCCAGGGCUUCCAGACCAUCAUGAUGAGGACUGGUCUCAUCAAACACUCCCAGUACACCGACUUCCUCCGCAGGGUUCCGUCCUUUCAGUCUCUUGCGGAGGACGUCCUCAGCAAACUGGCUGAUGUUCUGGAGGAGACUCACUACAGCGACUCGGAUUACAUCAUCCGCCAGGGAGCCACCGGAGACACAUUCUUCAUCGUCAGUGAAGGACAGGUGAAGGUCUCCCAGCAGAACUCACCUGGGGACGAGCAUCUGGUGGUGAAUACGCUCUCUAAAGGAGACUGGUUUGGAGAGCAGGCUCUGAAAGGUGAAGACGUGCGUACAGCCAGCCUCACCGCUGUGGGAGACGUCACAUGUCUGGUCAUCGACAGAGAGUCCUUCAAGCAGCUGAUCGGGGAUCUUGACGACGUCAACAGCAAGCAGAGCGACGGGGCCGAGGUGGAGGCCAGCAUUCAGGCAGAAGCAGAUUUCUUCUCCAAAGUUUCCAUGAGUGAUUUCAACAUCAUCUGCACUCUGGGGAUGGGAGGCUUCAGCCGAGUGGAGCUGGUACAGCUGAAGAACGAUCCGAAUCCAAACAGAUCCUUCGCCCUGAAGGUUCUCAAGAAACGCCACGUCAUGGACACCAGCCAGCAGGGCCACAUCCUGUCAGAGCGCCGCAUCAUGAUGGAGGCUCACAACCCGUUCAUCAUCAGGUUAUACCGGACCUUCAGAGACUCCAAGUACCUGUACAUGCUGCUGGAGGCGUGUCUCGGGGGGGAGCUGUGGACGCGGCUCAGAGACAGGGGGUCCUUCGACGACGGCGUCACCCGCUUCUACGCGGGCUGCGUGGUGGAGGCGCUGGCCUUCCUGCACUCCAGAGGGAUCAUCUACCGAGACCUGAAACCCGAGAACAUCAUCCUGGACCACCGGGGAUACGCCAAGCUGGUGGACUUUGGUUUCGCCAAGAAGGUGGGUCUGGGUAAGAAGACGUGGACGUUCUGCGGGACCCCGGAGUACGUGGCCCCUGAGAUCAUCCUGAACAAAGGCCACGACAGCUCCGCCGACUGCUGGUCUCUGGGGAUCCUGGUCUUUGAGCUGCUCAGCGGCAGCCCCCCGUUCACCGGCUCCGACCCGAUGCAGACCUACAACAUCAUCCUGAGGGGCAUCGACAUGGUCGAGUUCCCCAAGAAGAUCACUAAGAGCGCCGCCAACCUCGUCAAGCGCCUCUGCAGGGACAACCCCUCGGAGAGGCUGGGGAACCAGAAGAACGGCGCAAAGGACAUCCAGAAGCACAAGUGGUUCGAGGGCUUCAACUGGGACGGCCUCCGCAAGGGAACCGUGGCCUCGCCCUUCACCCCCACGGUGGACGGACCGCUGGACAACAGCAACUUCGACUUCUUCCCUGAGGAUGGCGAGGAGCCCCCCCCCGACGAGGAGUCCGGCUGGGACGAGGAGUUCUAACAGGAGACCAAAGAACCUCUUCAUCUCCAUCAGGUUCAGAGGAGGAGAAAUCCAGAAUAAAAUCUACAGGCUUCAGGUUGAAAAGAAAGUUAAGAGUUAAAAAAUGAUCAUUUUGAUGAGAGACAUAUUUGGUGAGAAAUAUUAUAACAAGUGAUUAGUCAUGAAUUGAGGAGCUGGACGGUUUCAGGGGAAAAAACUAAUAAUAUACGUCAUUGUAAUAUUACAGGAAUACAUUCACAACAUACAGUCCUACAAUUAUGGAAUUAAGUAUUAGGGCCGGGACUUUAGCGCGUUAAUUGCGAUUAAUUCAUUACAAUAUGAAUUAAGAUUAAUUAAUUACACAUACAAAUAACGCAUUACACAUUUUUUACGCAUUUUUACACUUUUUUUGCCCCGUGGAACGUUUCUCACUGGAUGAGUUUUGGGGGGACCGAUUAUACUGGAGCACCAACUAGC